AUGGAAGUGACCGAUCAUUCUAAGCAAAGCAACCUGGAUCCUGAUGCCAUAGCAGUAAAAGAAAAACAAGAAUGGGUCAAGCAGAUUCGGCUGAAGUUUUGCAUUCGUCCAGAGUUUGAGAUUACCAAAAAAAUGAUCUUUGCAGACGGCACCCUUAAUCAAGACUAUUUUCGCCCUCCCAAGGGGGCCAAACAAGAAGAAGCUCGCAAAUGGACAGACGUUGAAAAGAACCUUCUGAUUGAAGGAAUUGAAAAGUACGGAAUUGGACACUUUGGAGAGAUAUCAAAAGAGCUAUUACCCAAAUGGUCUACCAAUGACUUACGUGUCAAAUGUAUUCGACUGAUCGGACGUCAAAACCUUCAAUUAUAUAAGGAUUGGAAAGGGAACGCAGAAGAUAUAGCUCGUGAAUAUGAAUUCAACAAGCAGGUCGGCUUAAAAUAUGGAGCUUGGAAACAAGGUGUUUUAGUGUAUGAUGACGAUGGGAAUGUAGAAAAAGCAUUAAUAGAAUACCAUACCAAAACAUAG